ACGUAAUGCCAUGACGAUUUGUAGCACUAUUUUGAAUAAACGAACCCAAUGUUUCUAAGCGAUUACAAGUAACUUAAAAAAAAAUCGUAGUUGAAUUUUUUCAAUGAUGCGAAAUGGCGCCUCAAGUUCUAUUCGAACGCCUAUGCGUUCGAAAAGUUUUUCUCCUUAUCGAUCGCUAAGAAAACAUGCAACCGAAAAAUACGGAAAAGCGGUAACAGGGUUUUCACUUGACACCUCAGCAGAUCUAGAAACAAAUUACCGAACUAUGAGGAACUUAGAAAAUGAAUAUAUUAAAAGUCUGCAACAACAGAUUUAUCUUUUGGAGCUAGAGAACAACUAUAUUCGACAUCAAGCCGCCGAAGUGAUGGAUAAACAACCUUUGAUGGUUUGCGAGGCAUCUAAUUCCUUGAAAAAGCUCAAAGAAAUGCAAGAAAGAACUGACGGUUUGAAACUUGAAAUUCAUCGUAAAGAAGCUCACAUAAGCAUAUUACAACAGAAAUUAAAUCGUUGUGAAGGGAGUUUACGGGAAACCUUAUUAUAUCGUGAUAAAGAAAAAGAUGAAUUAACACGUCAAUGUAUGACACUUCGAGGUGAACGUGAAUUAGCAUUACGUGAAGUUUAUCAAAAAGAUGAACAAAUAAAAGAAUUACAAUAUCAAUUAUGUAAUCAAAAAUCAAAUAUAACUGCUAUGGAAAUACAAUUAGAUAUUCUUAGAGCUAAACUUGAUGAUGAAACAAAACGAGCAAAUGAUCUAGAAAGAUCUUUAAUUGAAAGUCGUUCACAACUAGUUGAAUUCAAUACAAUAUUAAGACAAUUAGAAGUUCAUUAUCAACAAGAAUUAAAUCGUUUACAAUCAACACCACAGAAUGAAUUUAAGGAUAAAAUACGUCAUCUUGAACAAAAAUUAAGUGAUGCCUUCCUGAGAUCAGAAAAUGAUCGGUAUAUAAAGGAUAAACAAACUGAUAAAAAUGAUGUACUUUUAAAAGAAAAUCUACAUUUAAGUAAUGAAUUGGAAAAGUUAAGAAAACUAGCCGAAGAAUCUCAGUCCUUAUUUGAACGAAGUCAAUUUAAACAAACAGAAGAUAUCGCCGAAUUGAACCGAUUAAAACAACGAGAAAAUGAAUUAAUGCAUAUGAAUGCAAUGCUUCGUCAAGAUGUAUUGCUGAAAUCUAGAGAGAACGAAAAGCUUCAACAAGAGCUUGCUUAUCGAGAAAAAACGUCUGAUAGCUUGUUAUCAGGAAAACAAAUCCAACCAGAUUUAACUCAACAGUUUGAAGCUUUGAAGAAGGAACGUCAACUAUUUAUUGAAAAUGUGAAGAAGAUUAAUGAAGAGAUUGCUGAACAAAAAAUAAAAAUUGACCGGUUAGAGCAAGAGAAAACCAAACCUUUAAAUAAUGAUAGUUGGAUAAACAAACACACUAAUGGCAAUGAUGAUAUACAGUUAUUAUUGAAUGAAGAAAGUCUAUCCCCUGUAAACAUCAAUAAAGCUAAUACAUCGCCAACAAGUCGAAAACCAGUGGAUGAAGCAAUUAUUAAGGCAAUUCAAAGACCUAGAAAGUGAAAUUCUAUGGUCUCUUCAGAAAUACCUGACGUAAACAGAUAAACGGAACACAAAAUAGACAGAUGAAAGCGAUUACAACUGGGUUUUCUCUUUAAAUUUCUUUAAUUUAACCCACCUAUCUAUCUAGAUUAUGAUCAAUCCAAAAACG